AUGGGGAGAUCAUCAUUUAUCCCACCGGAAUCCUUACCUCUAUUCACCGAAAUCAACGCAACACUUCUUGUCACGCAAUCUGUCACCGUCCAGGAAGACGAUGAUGGUAUUAUCCAAAGGGUACCACAAAAGACCUGGAGAUCCUACAUCUGGGAUACUCUCGAUAAAUCCCCGGAAGAACGGAAGUUUCUCUUCAAGCUUGACGCCAUCAUCUUGACCUUUGCGAGCAUUGGCUAUUUUAGCAAGAACCUCAACCAAAUCAACAUCAACAAUGCAUUCGCCUCUGGGAUGAAAGAAGAUCUUGGGAUGUACGGCAACCAGCUCAACUAUAUGCAGACCUGCUGGACUAUUGGCUAUGUACUGGGAGAAAUCCCGAGCAACCUAAUGCUCACUCGCAUACGGCCAUCCAUCUGGAUCCCAUGCUGUGAGGUCACUUGGUCUGUCUUGACUAUUCUUCUCGCCAAAUGUACCAACUACCACCAGAUGUACGCCUUGCGCUUUUUUAUCGGGCUCGCUGAGAGUGCAUUCUACCCUGGGAUGCAAUACGUCAUCGGCUCGUGGUAUCGCAAAGACGAGCUUGCAAAACGGUCUUGCAUUUUCCAUGCUAGCGGCGGCAUCGGGGGAAUGUUCUCGGGUUAUCUGAUGGCCUCCGUGUAUAAGCUCGGCGGCAAGCAUGGCUUCCACGGUUGGCAAUGGCUCUUCAUCAUCGACACUGUCAUUUCUCUUCCCCUCGCCCUCCUUAGCUUCUUCUUUCUCCCCGAUGUACCAGAGAUUGAUAAGUCUUGGUAUCUGUCUGAAAAGGAGAUAGAAUUUGCAAAGAAGCGUAUGGAAUUCGAGGGAAGAGCGAAGAGGGCGCCUUUUACUAAAGCCAAGAUAAAGAAGAUAUUUUCCAGCUGGCAUAUCUAUGCGCUGCCCGUUUUAUAUAUCUUCUUCAACAAUGGCUGCGGAACAGGGUCUCAACCGGCUUUCCAACUCUGGCUAAAAAGCGAGGGCCACAGCGUUCGCGACAUCAACAUCUACCCGACGAUCACCUCAGCCGUCGACAUUGUCGUCACUUUGAUCUACGCUUGGUCAUCAGACACCAUCUUUCGCGGGGCACGGUGGCCCCCAAUUGUCUUCUCCGGCUGCGUCAACCUCUUCGUGAACAUAAGUCUAUCGAUUUGGAACAUCCCAAAUGGCCUCAAGUGGGCGUCUUUUAUCAUGGCCGGGUUCGCCGGCGGAAUCAGUGGACUCACCUUUGCAUGGGCCCACGAAAUCUGCAAGGACGACAAUGAAGAAAGGGCGCUCGUUACCGGAGCCAUGAACGAAAUGGCCUACGUUUUUCAGGCAUGGUUGCCGCUUCUGAUCUGGCAGCAAGUCGAAGCUCCGCGCUAUCCAAAGGGUUAUGUCACGAUGGCUUGCAUCGCAUUUAGUCUUAUCGCAACUGCCUUUACUAUUCGGUAUCUUCAUGGACGAGAGCUUGCAGAGAAGGAAAAGGCAUCUGAAUCCGAGGCAGAAGGAUAA